UGCAACCCUGUAAUUCUAGCAGUUUUGACAUUUGAACAAUCGUUGACACUUUUGACAGCGAAAAUCUGAUUUCUUUCUUUUUCAAUAUCCGGUUCACGUAAUUGUUGAUCCUAUCAUUAAAAAAUGGCACCAAGAAAGGCUAAAGCUCAAAAGGAAGAAGUUCAAGUUUCGUUGGGCCCUCAAGUUCGCGAUGGCGAAUAUGUUUUCGGUGUUGCACACAUAUAUGCCAGCUUUAACGACACUUUCGUACAUGUUACUGAUUUGUCGGGACGUGAAACAAUUGCUCGCGUCACUGGUGGUAUGAAGGUGAAGGCUGAUCGUGAUGAAGCUUCUCCCUACGCUGCUAUGUUGGCUGCUCAAGAUGUUGCAGAAAAGUGCAAAACUUUGGGAAUCACUGCCCUGCACAUUAAGUUGCGUGCUACCGGUGGCAACAAAACUAAAACUCCCGGACCCGGUGCCCAGUCGGCGUUGCGUGCUCUGGCACGCUCAUCAAUGAAGAUUGGACGUAUCGAAGAUGUUACACCAAUUCCAUCAGAUUCCACUCGCAGGAAGGGUGGUCGUCGUGGUCGCCGUCUGUAGAAAUUUUAUUCUUUGUGUGUAUAUCUUAUUGUUUAUACGGGAAAUUAAAAUUCGUACAGCAUAAAAGUGAAGAAACUAUAAAAUACAGAUUUUUUUUAAUAUAAGUGGUGAAAACUGAAA